UUUCUGUGCUUGGUGUGUUUGCGUGAGCUAACCAGAGCGAGUAGUUUAAUGGAGCUUUGGACGCAAUGCGUUUGCCAGUCUAGCAAUAGACUUCUCUGUGAACUACUUUUUUAUACCAUCAGUCUAUGGCAGAAUUUUGUCAAACAAAGUUAUAAUCUUAAUUAUCGCUUUUCAGCGUUUGUCUUUUAACUAACCAACAGCAUCUGUGGCAGUUUUUAUACUACUUUUGCUUUUAGAAAAUUAAAAUUGACUUCAGUUUUCAAAACUUGAAAAUAAGCUUUGAACAGCUAGCCAAAUAACCCGAACUUAUCAUAUCCUUAACUUACUUAUUAAAUUACUGUUACCUACACAAAUUUCCUAUAUUUUUCAAAUUUAUUUUUUAUUAGUAGCUGUUUUAUAUUGAUGCUUUUUCAUUUCGUUACGCAAUUUCUUUGAAUUGUCAUACGUUACACAAUUUCAUUUCGUUACGCAAUUUCUUUGAAUUGUCAUACGUUACACAAUUUCAUUUCGUUACGCAAUAUCUUUGAAUUGUUAUACAUUGCACAUUCUGUUAUUAAAUCAUGGGGAAAUUCUGGUCUCAUUUUACUCCUAAAUUGGGCUUGUUGAUGUUCAUCGGGACACUCGGUGGCUUUCUGUUCGGAUACGACACAGGAAUAGUGUCGGGCGCCAUGAUAUUCGUCGCGGAAGAGUUCAAUUUGUCACAUGGUAUGCACGAGGUUGUGGUGAGCAUAACUUUGUUGUCGGCGGCGCUGCUUCCAUUAAGUGUGGGUGGAAUGUCGCACUAUUGUGGCAGGAAGACCCUCUUGGUCAUCUCAGCGACUCUCUUCUCAAUCAGCUCCUGUGUGAUUGCACUGGCAGCUAAUGUCACCAUGCUACUCGUCGGACGACUCAUAGUCGGAUGCGCUAUUGGAAUUCUUUCAACCAUCGGGCCUAUUUUCAUCUCCGAGUGUUCCCCGACGUCUGUGAGGGGGACCCUGGUCACGUGCUAUAACUUCAGUAUCAUUCUCGGGCAGUUCUGUGCAUAUGUAGUUGCACUCAUAUUCGCAAACGUCGAAAACACCGGUUGGAGAUUUAUGUUCGGACUUGGUGCAGUUCCAGCUAUAGUGCAGAUACUGGGGCUGGCUUUUCUCCCGGAAUCCCCCCGCUAUCUGAUAUCUCACUGGAUAUCGGAGGGGGAGGUCAGCAGUGAAUUGGAGGCCUUUGAAGCACUGGUACAGCUAAGACCCGAAGGAUAUGACGUGAAAGCAGAGUGUGAUCAACUGAAGAUUUCACUCCGUCAACAGGGCAUAGAAAAGGGAAUUUUUGAGACCUUCGGGGCUAUUGUGAGAGUGAAACAUGUGCGAAGGGCGCUGUUUGUUGGAUGUUCUAUGCAAAUGUUCCAGCAGAUAGUGGGAAUCAACACCGUCAUGUACUACUGUGCAUCUAUUGUGGAGAUGGCGGGGGUGCCUGACAAACAGCAUGCUUUAUUCUACGCCGCCCUCAUCACUGCCAUAUAUGGACUAGUAGGGACAAUCUCUCUCUUUCUAGUGGACUCCCUCGGCAGAAGGAAACUGCUUUUCAUCAGUGCCACCGGUACAUUUGUGGGACUUGUGAUGUUGGUCAUCUCCUUUGCCCUCAUAUCUCGAAAUGCGCCUCAACUCAACUUCACAGAGAAGAGCUUGGAACAAGAGAGCGACAGCUGUGCAACUAUAUUAAACUGCAACAACUGUGCUUUGGACUCUGCGUGUGGAGUGUGUUACCUUGACGGCGGCUCCUCUGACACUCUUGUAAAAAUGGGAUCUUGCAUCGAGAUUGACGACGAAACCUCCGAGUACCCCGACUACUUCUCCACCUACGGCAGGUGUGACAAAAACCACAUGACCUCGGAGAAUUCGACCUCUGGCUUGACCUUCUCAACUGACGCAUGUCCCUCCAAACUAGCGCCUCUAAUAAUCAUAUCACUCAUCGCAUAUCUUCUUUUCUUUGCAGUGGGUUAUGGUCCCGUUCCGUGGCUGUACAACUCCGAGAUCUACCCUCAGUGGGCCAGAUCUACAGCAGUUUCAUUGGCCACGACAACCAACUGGACCUUCAACCUCCUUAUUUCCGUCUCUUUUCUUUCCCUAGUCGACGCCAUCUCUCAAGCAGGUACAUUUGCAUGCUACAGCGUCUUUGCCCUUCUGUCGGUCCUGUUUUUCUUCUAUUUCAUGCCGGAGACGAAAAACACUCCUCUGGAACAAAUUGAACAUCUGUUUGGUCUGCAAUACGAACACUUCUCAGAUCAAAACACCCUCGAAACCUCAAGUGCCGACAACGAGUGACUCCUGCCAAUAAGAAAUUCUAAACUCUGUUUAAUUUAAAAGAGAGCAGUAGUACAGUAGCGGAUUUAGGAGUACUUUUUUGGUACUAUUUUGCGACAGCAGCCGCAAUAAAAUGUAUUUUGAGGGUGCAGCGUGCUCCAAAAAGCGCAAUUUUUUGGCCAAAAC